AUGCGCCAGGCUCUCAACUCCUCUUUUCAAGUUGCACGCGUCCCUGCAGUUACUCCAAGUACCUUUUACAACCCUCAUCGACAUUUUUGGAAUCUCGAGAUAGCUUGGCAUUCGUCCAUGUGGAUGCAAUUGUAUUUGCAGUUUACCGUGGGUUCGGGUCGGUACCGACAACCGCUCUCUGCCCCGACGCGACCGCCAUCUUUCAGUGCUAUCAAUCGCCCUUUCUUCCAUCUACCACCUGUUGACCUUUCUUUUCCUUCACCUAAGGUGACAUCUCCAGGGCUGGAACUUACGCCAGCUGAUGAGUCGGGUCCUCGGCGCUCGAAACGCUCCCUUGACUUACCAAAGCAGCAAUACUUGUCCGCAAACGAGCCAAUCACAUCGGAGUUUUACAAGGGGAUGGAAAGGCUGAAUAGUUAUAUUUGUAUGCUUCCUGAGGCAGGUUACAUGAUCCUUUUAACACGCUAA